UGCGUCUGUGCAGCAGCAGCAGCAGCCGUAGCCCAGGCACCAAUGAGAUGGUGAUGGGUUAUAAAAGGCAAGCCAUGAAAUGCCAGCCUAUUUCUGCGUCCUCCCGCCAACCAAUGCUUUCCCUUGCAUGCUCAGAGUGGGCUAAGGUGGAAGAAGUCACAUCAGAGCCUGGGCACCCAGGAUGGAGAGCCAUGUGCUAGGAUGGAGAGCCCGGCUUGCUUUUGAGGUUCCAUGUUUGGAAACAUACCCCUUCCCUGGCCAUUGAGUGUCUGGGGGUGUGUGGGGUGUUCCUGGCUUGCCUCAGGUUGUCUCCUGCCACCGUGGGGUAUCCGAGCCUCCCUGGUGGCCUGUUUUGGAUCAUUGACACAGGUGUGAGAAUGGACCACGAGAAGCAGUAUGUGGGGUUUGCCACUCUACCCAACCAAGUGCACCGGAAAUCUGUGAAGAAGGGUUUCGAUUUCACCCUCAUGGUGGCAGGAGAGUCUGGCCUGGGUAAAUCUACUUUGGUCAACAGCCUGUUCUUGACAGACCUCUACAAAGACCGGAAGCUUCUCAAUGCUGAAGAAAGAAUCAGUCAGACAGUUGAGAUUGUGAAACACACCGUGGACAUUGAGGAGAAGGGGGUGAAGCUAAAGCUAACCAUAGUCGACACCCCUGGUUUUGGAGAUGCUGUUAACAACACAGAGUGCUGGAAGCCUAUCACGGAUUACAUUGAUCAGCAGUUUGAGCAGUACUUCCGAGAUGAGAGUGGUCUCAAUCGGAAGAAUAUUCAGGACAACCGAGUGCACUGUUGCCUGUAUUUUAUCUCACCCUUCGGCCAUGGGUUGCGGCCGGUUGAUGUAGAGUUUAUGAAGGCGCUACAUGAAAAAGUGAACAUUGUGCCCCUCAUUGCCAAAGCCGAUUGCCUUGUGCCCUCAGAGAUCAAGAAGCUAAAAGAGAGGAUUCGAGAGGAGAUUGACAAAUUUGGAAUUAAAGUUUAUCAGUUUCCAGAGUGUGAUUCUGAUGAAGAUGAGGACUUCAAGCAACAAGACAGAGAGCUGAAGGAGAGCGCUCCUUUUGCCGUCAUUGGCAGUAACACAGUGGUGGAAGCCAAAGGCCAGAGGGUACGAGGGCGCCUCUACCCCUGGGGCAUCGUAGAAGUGGAAAACCAAGCGCACUGCGACUUUGUGAAACUGCGGAACAUGCUGAUCCGGACGCACAUGCAUGACCUGAAGGAUGUCACUUGUGAUGUUCACUAUGAGAACUACAGAGCACAGUGCAUUCAGCAGAUGACCAGCAAGCUGACUCAGGACAACAGGAUAGAAAGCCCAAUUCCGAUCCUGCCCCUUCCAACCCCAGAUGCUGAAACAGAGAAGCUGAUCAAGAUGAAGGACGAAGAGUUGCGGAGAAUGCAAGAAAUGCUGCAGAAAAUGCAGCAGCAGAUGCAAGACCAGUGACGGGGGAGACCAGGAUGGAAGGGCCCAGGAGUUCGUCCUUGUCACGGUCUGCGGUUCAGCCGGAAUUGUGGACUCUUCAGGAAGGACUUUCUCAUUGCAGGAAAAAAAAAAAGACUUGUGAGCAAGGGUGAAACCUACUCCCUCUCUCUAAUUCAAUGGUAGCCAUUUUAUUUUAUUUUAUUUUUGUUAGCAGGAUGACGAAGAGACAGGAGGGGAAAGGGUUUACCUACCAUUUUACCUACUGAAAAGCCCCUCCCAUCCUCCGAAUAGCCCAACCGUUUCCCCGGUUUUUUCCUAGGUGUACUAAACUCUUGUUAGGGAGCAUUCUGGUAUUUAAAAGACAAAUAUCACUGUUUCUAUGGCAUAUGAAAUUUUGAGGACUCUGUGAAAAUGCACGUAAAUGUUUACUCUUAACCAAGGUGCUGUGAUCCUCCUCCAGCCCCUCCGUAAUACCCUCUUUUGUAAAAAAUAAUAAUAAUUCUCCAACUUCUCUGAGGUCGUGGCAAAUAUUCCUGCAAGGCUGACAUUACCUCUGGGGCAAAAACCUGUUUCUGAGAUGGAGGAAUGGGUGAAGAGACCUGACCACUUAAACCUCGUGCCUGGGGCAUUCCCUGUGUGUGUGUUUUUUUUCCCCAGCCACUUUGAGAGAACAAGCAGAACGCUGGUUGGCAUUUUGUAAGGUUUGGAGGCAGGCAGGUCAUCUUCACUGUUUUUUCUCAAAACAUUCCUGGCAUAUGAAUCCCCCUACCCUGCUAAAAAAAACCCGAAGGCACUUUUGCAUUAGUGGAUGAAAGCGCUCCAGGAGGCCUUUUUUUUUUUAAACAAAAACAGCGUCCACUGCCCUUGUUUGACUGAGAUAUGCUACCACCGAAUGAACGUGUGGAUGCCAUACUCUCCUGACAAAAUGCAUAGAAAAAGGGGUUCCUUUGAGAUUUAGUAUCAUCUUCUUGCACUGGCCCAUCCUUUCCACUCUUGCUUAUCGAAGAUCAAAACUGGAUUCGGAGAGAAAGGUAUGAAUUGGAUUGAUUCAUAAGGAGCUCAGGGGAAUCCCUUUACAGAUAGUGUCUUUAGAGUUCUACUGAAUUCUACCUAAACACAGGAGCUGGAGUGAAGUUUGUGUGUCCAUUUGGCUCAAAUUGUGUCGUUUGAGUUGGACGUGUGGUGCUGACCUCAACGUUGCUUCAGUCGGCUCUGCUGUGUGAAUGUUUGGCAUGUAAAGCUUCAGUGUGCUUCUUAGCUUGUGUUGCUCAGUCAUGCCACACCGUGGGGUUUUAAGGCUAGUGAAUGAAGCUGGCAGUGUUACAGUGACUUAAGUCCACAGUGUAAGGGUGCUGAGAGCAAAAUGGACAUCCAGGAAAUUGUGUGGCGGAAGUUGGAGAGUGUCAAAAUCGGCAGUAUGGCACAUAGGUGGAAUCAAUUGAAAGUGUAUGGAGCCGGCUGGUUUUUCUGCUGUGGCCGAUGAAAAUGUUUUGCAAGGUGGCAUCCCGGCUGGGCGUAUCCUCCUUCUCCUGUGCUUGGGGAUUUUUAAUAACUUGCGUUCCAAAGUCCACAUUUCUACACCCAGAGAAUUCAAAUUCUAGGUGCAGCAUUGGAAAGUGACUGGAGGGGCCUCCAGGGAGGAAAGAGCAUUUUAUGAGAGCAGCCAUCCACUUUUUCUCUCCACUUUUAAUUUCCAGACUGCAGUGGAUCUACCUGUUAUGUUCAUUUUUUCCUCCCUUCUUGCUUUAAGGCAACCAGAAGAGAAGCAGGACUCUGAUAUUUCUAACAGUUGUGCAGAACCAGGGGUUUGGAAGAGAGCAACCUGUGCAGGUGUAACCAAAAAAUCUAAACCUGCUCCAAAAUCUUCUCUGUUUCUACUAAAGAGAAACGUUAUCCUCUUCAGUAUUUAUCACCAUUUCCUCUCACUUGUUUCUUUUUUUGAUCUCUUUUAAAAAGAAAAUUAAAACAAGACAGUACAUGGUGGCGAGAUGGAUGGGUUGUAUCCACACUACACAUUUAUGCCAGUUUCAUGCCACCUUAGUUGUUCUGCUUCCAGCCUAUGGAAUUCUGAGAUUUGUAGUUUUGCUGAUUCUCUAUCAGAGUGCCCUAAUGCUGUUGUUCAAGGGAGUGCACUAGAGAAUGCUAACUCCCUGACUAGUUUUAAAUUCCAGGAUUCUUUAGGAUAGAUGCAUGGCUGUUAUAAUGGUGCAGUGUAAAUACACCCUCCAUCUGCUGACCAGGUACCUUCUGUGGAUGAUCAAUUUCAAGGUCUUGCUGCUUCUGAUGGUUCUUUUUCUUUAAACCAGAAUCAGACACAACAACACCUCAAACAGAGGAUGCCGUCACACUGAGUACUUCUGUUCAGAUAGACUCAGUGCCUGUGGACUUCCAAGCACGUUUGGACUGCAGCUCCCAUAAUCCUCUACACAGCCUAUGCUGAAUGGCCAGAGUUGGCCAGACUAAGCGGGAGGACUGUCCUCUGUGGGACAGGACACAUGGGGCUCAUUCCCACUUAUGUUUAAGCCAGUUUGGGAUUCGCCUUUGCUCCGUGUUGGUAAAUCAAUUCUAAAAAGUCCGUCGUUCCCACUAUGAAAGCCGAUCUUUUCAUUAUCCCCUUGUACAGUAAUUGCUUUUUUGGGGGCACGAUUGUCAUCCCCACUAGUCUGCGCCACUUCAAAAUGCAUGUCAAUCAUCCGUGCAUCAUCGGUGACGUAGCGGCAACCCAAGCAGCCCAGCUUGGGAACUAUAUAUAUAUGUAUACUAUAUAUAUUGAUAGAAGAUUCGAUUCAUGGGGGGGGGAAUGGUGGAUCUAUCAAAAACUGAGGA